AUGAAAAUGCAGUGCAAGACGGAUGGUUCCGGUGGGCAUUGCGCUCGUUGCCGGAACGCCAACCUAUUUUGCAAACAUAGCGAACCCGGCAGGCCAGGGAGGACUGUCACCAGAUCUGGCAAUGUGAUAGACCCGAACAGUGCAGCUGCUGUCGACUUGACAGUAUCCGCCAUAUCAACACCAACGCUGAGCCGUACGACAGCUGACGAAGGCACCUGGAGCCAGAGUACGCUCACCGAAUACGGUGCAGUUGAAAGGUCCGUUUACCUCAGGGAGGACCACAUCGGUACCUGCACAAAGGAUGGCUUCCUGGAUUCCUUUCCAGGUAGCCCAUACCUGCCUCUGGAUACGACGGAGUCGCUCGGCCCAUCAGAUUGGUUAUGGAACAUAUCUGAAGCUGAGGUGCGUCCAAAAAGCACAAUCGGUGACAAUCAGCAAGUUCAUCAAGGUGCUCCGGGCGAAAUGGGAGUUGCUGCAGACCCAAACCUCCCCUCUGCCACCUCCAGGACGAACACGACUUUACCGGUCGAUCGAAACUACAUGGAAAUACUCCAAUAUGCGACCAUUGCAGAUCAAGAGAUCGAGUCUUAG